UUGCCGCAGCAACUAACUCUCGGUUGCGCUGAACCUGCUACCUGAAACGGAAAACCCAGAGUUUCCAUUAACUCAGAGCGAACAAACUCGGGGUUGCCUCAAAACCAGCUACCUGAAACAGGGCUCUGUUGUUUCCUUAGCUGGCUUUACUGGCUAUGAAUGCCGAAGGGUCUUGUAGUUUGAAUACCGAAUUCUCCACAGGAAUCAUACCCAAUACAAACUACAUUUCCCAUCAGUCUAGCGAAGGCGAGCGUCAUCCACGGAGGGGAACCGUGGUUUGUUUUGAAAUCGAAUAUCAGGGUUAUAACGCAGAAACGCAGCCGGAAUGGACUUCCCCGAGGACUUCAACCAGCUGGAGCUUCUGAAGACCCAUGGACACCUGAUCCCCCGCGGGGCCAGCAGCCUCUGGACCGGGGAGGGUGUCGCCGGGGAGGAAGAGGAGGAGGAGGAGGAAGAGGAGGAGGAGGAGGAGACUGAGCAGUGGCUCUGUCAGAAGGAGAAUUCGCUCCAGGACCGCCCUGAGGAGCUCAUGCUCUGGGCAGCGGAGAAGAACCGGCUUUCGACCCUCCGCUCCCUCCUUGCCGCCGACCCGUCGCUGGUACGUUGCCGUGACGCCGACGGCUACACGCCGCUGCACCGCGCGGCGUACGGGGGCCACGUGGAGGCCGCCGCCGCCCUGCUGGCCGCGGGGGCAGAGGUGGAAGGCCGCACGGCCGACGGCUGGACGCCGCUGCACAGCGCCUGCCGCUGGGGCUGCGUCGCCGUGGCAACCCUGCUGCUCCGGGGCGCGGGCGCCGACGUCAACGCGCGCACGGCGGGGGGGCUGACCCCGCUGCACCUGGCGGCCGCCCACGUCAGCCAGCCCCCCGUGGACUCGGCCCGCACGCUGGAGCUGCUGCUGGCCCAGCGCCGCCUGCGGCCGGAGCUCCGCAGCGGCAACGGGGAGACGGCCGCCCAGAUGGCGCGGCGCAGCGGGCCCCACUACUUCCUGUUCGAGAUGGCGGAGGAUUGCGUGAACGUGGCCGCGCCACCUUCCCUUCGCCCCACCCCCGCCCUGCUGAACUAGAGCGGACCUCAUUCGCACUCUAAAAGAACUCUGCUAGUGGGCCGCACACGCACACGCACAGAUAUACAGACACAAACUGAAGGGCACAUUUGUGAAAUGUUUGGGAGACAAAUGUCUGAUGGUUCACUUCUAGGUGGAGUGUUGAGUCUACUGUGUUGUGACGUUAUGUAUAUUAUCUGUGUUAUGUGUGGAAUGGACACCAGAUCUCCUUCGUAACAGUUAACUGAUGCUAUAUCUUCACAUAAAUAAAGCUUGGUCUAAUUAUGUAUUCUUUUUACAAUUAAGACAAAUGGAAAUCUGUGGAAUAAAUAGGGAAACAAUUACUCUAAGUAGCAAACAGUCAUAAGCCAACGAAGAAACAAAAAAUCAUGGCCUGCCUACAGUGUUGGAUGGGGGUUGAGUUUUGGGACCAGGAGCGAUUUUUGUGUGAAAUCUUUAUUCUGGUCUUGUAAUCCAGCUCUCCCAGGCAGGGUUUAUGGUAUCAUUUCUAUCCGUGGCAUUUGGACAUUUUAAUUUAUAAAAUAAAUAUGAGAAAUGUUUUCUCUCUUCCUUUCAAAGUCUAAUAUUGCCUUACAAAUCUGCUACUAGAUUUUGAGUUAAAGGGGUUUCAGAUAUUCACUUUUCAAGAGAAAGGACUAAUCCUCAGUGGGAGGUCACCUUGUAUACCCAGCAAGAUUUCUGUACUCAACAGAGUUCAGAUGCCAUCAUUAUGUUGAAUCCACUGUCUGCCUCCUACACAUGUAUCUGCCCUACCAGCCAUGCUUGUGCAUUAGGUAAACCGCUACUUCCUUUGAGCUGUUCUCUGAAACAGUGACCAGGGCAAAUUAUUAAUAUAUUGCCCUAACCUUUGGCUAAUUUCAAUGGCUUCAUAUAAAAGUUAAAUAAUUGCUUUCAGAAAUUAGAGACAUUUAUAAAUAUGAACUACUCAACCAUCUUUUCUGCAGGACAAAUUAUUUUAUUAUUCACUGCGAUGCCAUACCUCACUGUUUUUCCUCUCAGCCGGCAGUAAUUGGGGAUCAUGGGGAAACAUAAUUUUCCCAACAUCAUUGAACAUUUAUACAAGCAUUUCAAGCAUUUAUACAAGGAUUUCCUACCCUCUGGAUCUAUACUGGCAAAGUUCUGCUAAGUUGCGCAUUUGGAAUUUUUUUGAAAAACAACUGAAAACAUCUGUUCACAAAAGCCCAUGGUCUCUGGUCUAUGUCUGCCAACUUUGGCAAUCUUUUCAUAGUUAUUUUCUGUUCCUGUAUUAAUUUGUUUGUUUUCAUUCUGCAGCGUAGAAGCAGUGCCACUUGACAAUGGAAUAGCUCUGAACUGCUGCUACACCAGUCCAGGAAAUCCACUCACAUGAGAAGGUGUAUGUAAAUUAUUUUGACGGGGGUGAUUUUCUAUGUCGUUUUAACACCUAUAAGUGCCGUAUAGUCCCAUCGCUGCAAUACGGUCUUGUAGGAAAUGAUAUAAUAGUAAUUAUAUCCUUCACUACCUCCCUUCUUUUCCCUGGUGCUGUCUAUCGCCUUCUGCAAGUAAUGAACCGAUGUAUCUGUUUGUUCAGACAAUUUCAGACUUCAAAGGUCAGAGUGUGCGUGAGUGCAUGUACAUGCGUGUACACACAGAAGAGACGAAGAAUGAAAUCUCUUCCAACCAGAAAGAAUUGAUGAUUAAUUGAACAUUGAAUCAGAGAGUGGUGUGGGGAGCUGAGAGGGGGGGAUGAUGAGAGCCUGCCUCGCUACAGUACAGGUCAUUCUCUACAGUCAUUGUAUAAAACCCGGCCCACGUCAGAUAAACGGUUGUGACGGCCCGAGCCAGGCCCUGGUCUGCUGGGAGAUCAGGCUGAAUGAUAGUGGGUCAAGAAACUUUCGUUGGAACAAAUAAAACAUUGGCUCCCAAGCUACUGAUGAAAAAAGUGUGGGCGAAAAAAGAGGCCUAUAUACCCCACUGUAAAUAAAUCCUCAAGAUUGAUUAAUCAAGAGAUAAAAGGCAUGUAUGACGAUGUUAAAGAAGACAUAUUCCUGGUUUAAAACAAAAGACCAACGAUUUGGGGCUCACUACCCCUUUAAUUAGUUUGGAAUGAAGCCUUGUUUAAGUCUUACGGCCAUUACAGGGGUGGUCUUUCAAUGCGUUGGUCGACUUGAAAUCAGAACGAGACUGUUUGGUAGACACAGUGGGGGGAGGGUGUGAGUUCAUCACUGGUUACGAAUGAGACCUACAUAACACAUUGUCUUAUAAAGUUUUACUCCUG